AUGUCCAAAUCCGAGGGACCCCAAACCGGCAACCCGGCCUUCAACACGGCCGCCCGGGAGGUCAAGUUGCUGAAGAGCGAUCCUCCCAACGCCGAGAAGCUUCUGCUCUACGCCUUGUUCAAGAUCGGUACCGGCUGCGACAUCGAGAAGGAGCCCAACCCCGGCAUGUUCCAGAUGGAGGAAAAGGUCGACGAGGGCGUGACCGUCGAGCAAGCCCAGGAGAGGUACAUCGAGGUGGUGGAGAAGCUCAAGAAGGACAUCGGCAUGAGGGAUGCUGAAUAG